GCCGACUUAGAAAGCGGAACGGCUUCGGUCUCCUGGGUGGGGGUCGACGGAGGCCCCUUUAGGGUGGUUCCAGGCGUCCCCCCACGGUCUCAUCCAGUCCCCCCUCGCCUCCCGCGCUCGCCCAGCUCUACCCUCCGGCCUUGUCCCCUGAGCUCUGCCCUCGGAUGUCCGACCGCCCAGAGCCUGCAUGCGCCGUGGGGCGCUCCAGGACCAGGCGCUGGUGGGUCCGGGGGCCCCUGGGCGGGGGUCCCGGGGCGCCCCUCCUCCCUCGGGACCCGUUGUCCCGGUCCUUGUCUUUCCCCCUGAUCUAGUGUUCAGGGCAGACCAACGGAGCGGACCCCGACAGCUGCUGACCCUCUAUAACCCCACGGGAGCUGCGCUUCGCUUCCGAGUCCUGUGCACAGCACCUGCCAAAUAUACAGUGUUCGACGCCGAGGGCUACGUGAGACCUCAGUCCUGCAUCGAUAUUGUGAUUCGCCACGUGGCCCCCAUACCCAGCCACUACGAUGUCCAGGACCGCUUCCGCAUUGAGCUGUCUGAGGAGGGGGCCGAAGGGCGAGUGGUGGGACGCAAGGACAUCCCCUCGGUCCUGAGGGCGCCGGCCUACCCUCUUGAACUUCAGGCGGGGCAGGAGGUGCCCCCACCAGGGCCUCCUGGCAGGACACCACCCCCACCCCCCACCGCCAGGCACUUCCAGGAGAACGCCCACCCACAACUGGCCACCAGCUCCUUCCUCCUCUUCCUGCUGACCGGCAUUAUUGCUGUGGCCUUCCUGCUGCUCCCACUCCACGAUGAACUGGGCAGCCAGCUGCCCCAAGUCUUGCACGUCUCACUGGGACAGAAGUUGGUAGCAGCCUAUGUCUUGGGCCUCCUCACCAUGGUGUUCCUCCGGACCUGAGCUGCCUGCUCCACCUUCACCCCAGCCUCCGGGGCAGGCACAGGAGACAACCACUGUGGUGCACAUGCCCAUGCCACCACUCCUGCUCCUUGCCUCCCCUGCCCUCAAACCACCCUCAGAUUUGUAUUAAUUUUCCAAGUUGAAUAAAAUACAUUUUUAAAACUAAA